CAUAGUGAAUUUAAUGAGAUUUAACCCAAUUUCCACGAUAUGACUUCAACUACAAACUAAUAAUUAUUUGAUGAGUGUACCUCUUGCCUCCGAGGGCACUUAAAUUUGUCUCCUUAUACUGCUAUUUUGGAAGAAAUCAACGUAACUGUUGGCUCCAAGCGAACUUAAAUUUGUCUGCUUAACGCCGAGCGUUGUCUCUGAGCAGAAACCCCUAAAGCCCUAAACUCGCCAUUUUCGAAUUCCUACCUCAUCACAUUCAGCGGUGCAAAGAUGCAUUUUUGCGUUGCUCAUUCAUUAUCAAUGAAUCUCUCUCAACUCUUUACCUCAAAGACGUUAAGCAUGCGUGGUUUAUCUCGGAGAGAUUAUAAGGUAUAUGCUGUGGCUUCCACCGUGAAUGAAGCCUCUGAUCACAUACCAGCUGCUCCUAUUUUCCUUCCUGAAGGACCAUGGAAGCAGAUUCCGGGUGGGGUUACUGCUGCUAAGGGAUUCAGGGCCGCUGGCUUGUAUGCUGGACUACGUGCCAAAGGAGAGAAACCUGAUCUUGCACUUAUCACUUGUGAUGUUGAUGCCAUAUCUGCAGGGGCAUUUACGACGAAUUUGGUUGCAGCUGCACCUGUUGUAUACUGCAAAAAUGCAUUAGAUAUUUCAGAAGUGGCACGUGCAGUUUUAAUAAAUGCUGGCCAAGCAAAUGCUGCAACAGGUGAUGCUGGUUACCAGGAUGUGAUAGAUUGUGCAAAUAACCUUGCUAAGCUACUUCAAGUGAAGCCAGGAGAAGUGCUUAUUGAGUCUACUGGUGUAAUUGGUCAAAGAAUAAAGAAGGAGGCACUUCUAGCUUCCCUUCCAAAACUAGUUAAUUUUCUCUCAUCAUCCGUGAAAGGGGCAGAUUCUGCAGCAGUGGCGAUCACCACAACUGAUCUUGUUAGCAAAAGCGUGGCAAUUCAGUCAGAGGUUGGAGGAACCAACAUUAGGGUUGGGGGGAUUGCAAAAGGUUCUGGGAUGAUCCACCCUAACAUGGCUACCAUGCUUGGUGUAAUCACAACCGAUGCCCUUAUUGAAAGUACUGUCUGGAGAAAGAUGGUGCAAAUUGCUGUAAACCGAAGUUUCAACCAAAUAACUGUAGAUGGAGAUACUAGUACCAAUGAUACCGUCAUUGCUCUGGCCAGUGGGUUAUCUGGGUCACCCUUGAUCAAAUCUAUGAACUGUUAUGAGGCAACACAACUUCAAGCCUGUCUUGAUGUGGUAAUGCAAGGCCUUGCCAAAUCAAUUGCUUGGGAUGGAGAAGGAGCAACAUGUCUAAUUGAGGUCACAGUGACUGGUGCUAAUACUGAAACUGAUGCAGCAAAAAUUGCUCGCUCUGUGGCUUCUUCAUCACUUGUCAAGGCUGCGGUAUAUGGCAGAGAUCCGAAUUGGGGUCGCUUAGCUGCUGCUGCUGGCUAUGCAGGGAUUUCAUUCGACAUUAACAAGCUCCAAAUAUCACUUGGAGAUGUCUUGCUCAUGAAUGGUGGGCAACCCCUUCCAUUUGACAGGGCUGCAGCUAGUGACUAUCUCAAACAAGCUGGAGAGACUCAUGGAACUGUUGUUGUACACAUAUCCAUAGGUGAAGGGCCAGCUAGUGGCCAGGCAUGGGGCUGUGAUUUGAGCUAUGACUAUGUCAAAAUAAAUGCAGAAUACACAACAUAGAAUUUUUUCUUUGUGAACACACGAGUAACAAUACUCCAGUGCUAAAUGCAUUCCUGAUUACUCCCAAUUAUUCCCGAUAUAUCUAAAGCACUUCUGAUCUAGUUAUAGGCUUGUGCUUUUGUGUCAGAAUCUGUAACAAAUAUCCUCUUGCUUUUUAGAUCUAGCUCAUUUUGCCCUCUGCAAAGUCUCUUACAGGAAAUUUUGCACGAGCAAAAUCAGGGAUGUGAUAUAGACACAAAAAUCACUUAUGUAUGCGGAUGAAUUGUUUCUUUAUGAGAUAAAUGGUCAAAUUAUAAAUUGUCAGGUUAUAGGCAA